AUGCUUUUAAAAAAACUGCUUAAAUGCUCGUUUUCUCGUGUUAACAUUUUAGAUGGUAAAUUAAACACCUUUAUACAAUGCUUUUCAACAAGCCCGUCACCCGAACCUCUAUAUGAAUCAAUUUUACAACGCAAUAUUGGCAGAACAAAAGAUGAACAGAAUCAACUAAAACUAUUAUCCCCACAAAAUUUAGAGAAUGCUAAAACAAUAAAAGUCACUAUUAUAGGCUUGCCUAAUUCUGGAAAAUCUACUUUAAUUAACAGUCUUAUGCAAUGGAGGAUUUCUUCAGUAUCAUCAAAAGUUCACACAACCAGAAAAAACAUAAUAUCUACAUUCACAGAAGAAAACAAACAAAUAAUUUAUUUUGACACACCUGGACUUGUUGAUAAGAAACAUUGUCAAAAGCAUAACCUGGAAAUAGAUAUGGCAUCAUUCCCACAUUUUGCAGCCAAACAGGGAGAUAUCAUUUGUGUAGUAGUGGAUGCCAAUAACUUUUGGACGAGACAUUCGUUAGAUCGCAUAACUCUAGAUAUCCUCCAGGAACAUCGAUCAAAACCAUCGAUUUUAGUCCUAAAUAAGGUUGAUCUGGUAAAACCCAAGUCUCUCGUUCUAGAUGUCGUUAAAUCGCUGACGGAUAACCAUUUCAGGGGCCGCAAAAUGCCCGGAGUUAUGGUGAAAACGGAUAACGAAUCCCAGCAGAAGCUCGUAGACCCUAACGUUAAAACAUCCGCCGAAACCAUAAAAAAUAAAGAUGAUAACGAAGACAUGAAAAUAAUGGCUAACCUGAACGAAUUGGAACGGGUUCGUUACUCAAACCGAGUCGCUAGCUUAAAAAGAGAGGGGCGAGAUGGGCUAGCCAAUCACGGCGAAGAAAAUGUCCACGUGGAUAGCAAAAAAUUGCCCCACAAGCCCAGCAAUUCGCUGGUGUACACAAACUUCUCCGACGUCAAAAUAUCCCGAGCAUCCCACGCGCAGCAGACUGGUAUCGAAGAAGAUGUGUCGGUAAUAAAUGAAAAGGUGCAGACGAGAAUGAAGGAUAAACACGCCUCCUCGUGGCCAAAUUUCGAAGAGGUUUUCAUGAUUUCGUCUAUCGACAAUGACGGAACCGACCAAUUAAAAGAAUAUUUGCUAUCCGCCGCUCCCGCCAAACCUUGGACCUAUAAUAGUCGAUUCGUGACGGAUCAAGUGCCGGAAGAUAUCGUUUACGAUGCCAUCAAACAAGAGCUUUUACAGGAAUUCAAAUUUCAGAUUCCUUACAUUCUGGACAUAAAAUUAGAUGAGUAUUUUGUGGACGAAUUUGGGUUGUUCAGGAUCAAAGCUUCUAUAAAAUGCCCCAAGCAAAACUUAAUCAAAGUGAUAAUUGGUCCGAAAGGAGAAAGAAUCAAAGGAAUUAGCCAACGGGUGAGUCAAAAUCUGAUGAAUACCUUUAGAACUGAUCUUUACUUAAGCCUGGGCGUUAAAUACAGACCUUUAUAAUAAUAAUCUAUUUCCUAUAUUAAUUAAUUAUUUUUUAAUAUAUUAUAUAUAUAUUUACACCUAUAAUAUAAAUGAUACUGUACUAUACUUAUUAAUAAAUCAUGUUUAAUAUUGUA